UCUAUCCUCACACUUGUUGAGGAUAGCUCUCGACGCUAGAUACAAGUCCCUUCCGCUACAUGUCCGAUAUGUCGGGCAGCAGGAGAAAAGUACCUGGGCACGGGGUAGCAUCCCAUUCCCGUCCCUGUCCAACGCCCAAGGAAAUUAACAUCCACACCCACGACCCGAUUUCAAGGUGGCAAUACCAAAUCGCACCCCGUUCUUUUCUUCCCAUUUAUCAAACCCAGAGUCAUCUCGUCUCGAAGUUCAACUUCUUCUGAGGAAGCCCCAUUUCUGCAUCCAGGAGUUAACGACAGAAAGCCGCAACUAUAAGUGGGAUGGUUCGCCUUGAAACAUCUGUAUCAUGCCGUUCCACCACCUACACAGAGUGCGGUAAUGGCAGGUAAACGAUGUAAGCUGAGGGUCCUCGAGUGAGUAAAAAGAGAGUGAGAAGAAGCGAAAAAAGAGUUGAGGUUGGGAUUAGUUAACCAGGAGGCUGCGGACAAUCAUUGUUCCGACUAGUAACUAAUUGGCGGCCUGUGAUUUGCUGGCGGGUUACAUAAGCCGAGGUCUUCCUGGGAUCCCGAAAUGGAAAUGGAAUCUCCAAGUGCUUUUGCUAGCUACAACAAUUGAUAUUGGUUGUUGAUUGUUGAUUGGUAUUGACUGCCAGCGGACGCCAUUGAGCUAUUUAACUGUACUACAAUGCUUCCUCAAAGAGUUGCCCAGCAGUCGCUACGACGGCUUGCUGCAUACAAUCCUUCUCAGUUAAGAACUGCAGUUUCUAGAAUUGCUGCCCCCGUGGCCAUUGCGACUGGCAACCAUAUCCAGACCAGAUCAACCGCUUCAACCGCCAACCAAGACCCAACCUCAAUCCUCCCCCGUCAGCGUCUCAACCGCCCCGUCUCCCCGCAUCUCAGCAUCUACCAACCUCAGAUCACCUGGCUCCUCUCCUCCCUCAAUCGUAUCACCGGCGUCGCCCUUGCUGGCGGUAUGUAUAUCUUCGCCUCUGCCUACCUCGUCUCCCCUUUGCUGGGGUGGCAUCUGGAAUCCGCAUCGCUGGUAGCGGCAUUCGGUGCCCUGCCGCUGGCCGCUAAAGUUGGCCUCAAAUUCACCGCUGCGCUACCAUUCACGUUCCACUCGUUCAAUGGGUGCAGACAUCUUAUUUGGGAUAUGGGGAAGCAAUUCUCUAAUAAGCAGGUCAUUGUUACUGGAUGGACAGUUGUUGGGCUGACUGUGACCAGCGCACUUGCGCUGGCUUUUAUGUAAUAUGGAUGGGGUGAUGUAGGCGUGUAGGUUGGCAUGAUGUAUGUAUGGUGGUAGCGGCAUUCUGUUCUCGUCUUUGUUUUCCUGCCUCCUGCUCUUUCUUCAUUUCUCAUUUUCGUCUUAGUCUUUUUUGUCUCCCGGUGAUGCUGCAGUCUUAUUGAUGUUUCCCCUUUCAGUGUCCAUACUUAUUUCCUAUGCCAUUUCAAAGAUAUAAAAAAAAUAAAAAAAUGUAUAGUGCUGUGUAUCUGCGAGUCAAUACCUUGUCAGAUAUUCGCAGGGGCGCCUAAAAUCCAUAUAUGUAGUGGAUUUCUUGAUCAUGCAAAAAUAUAUGACAAUCUUGUUGCUAGAAAAUUAUUGUACCAUUACAAGGAUCAACCCGCGUGCUGGGUAGGUGCGGAAUUGAAGAGAAAAUAUUAAAUUCCUAAAAAAGUUGCACCUAAUCCUGACAAAAGAGUUACAUGUAGGGAAUGAAACAACAGGGGGGUUUACAAUUAGGGUAAAACUCGUAUUAGUUUUGAGAUGAAAAAAAAAA